AUGGCUAAUUGGAGAAAACAACAAGGUGAGAGUCAUCAUCAAGUGGGUCACUGGCGAUCCUCUUCCAACAGCAGAAAGCCUCCUUUGGACAAUUACCAUCCAAGCGUGCCUGCCUGGGAAAGGAAAUUUUGUUCUUCAAUUGGCUCAGUUCCCUGGGGAAAAAUAGUAAAAACCAAGCAUUAUAUGCAUCUGUUUGAUAAUGUGGCGAACUGGGAUGACUCUGCUGGCAAGGAGGCAUUUGAGAAUGCAAAGAUGAGGUAUUGGGCUGACAUCAACGGCAUUCACUGCAACAUUUCGUUGCCUGAUCCCGACAUUUACAUCGAUGAUGUAGAUUGGAACGCAAUUGUUGACCCUGAACUUAUGCUGGAGUUGGAAAGAGAAGCAUUAAGGACCCCUGUUAAUGGAAUAAAAAAUGAUCAAGAUGUUGUGAUUAUUGGUGGUGCCCUCUACUUGAAUGAUCAGAUGCUUCCAUGUACUGGAUGGGGGGAUGAUGAAGAGGAUCAGCCAAAGUCUUUGGGUCCAACUACUGCUCCCACAGACUGGGGGACAAGGCUGCAUGAAAACAAUGGAGUAGAAUCUGGGCAACAACUGCUGGCUCCUGCUGAACCUGCAAAAGAACUUGAAUGGCAAGGUUGGAGGAAUGAUUCUUGGGGGUGGAAUCAUAGGGAGCACUAUGGUGGUGGUGACAUGAACAAAAUGGGAAGAGGAAGAAAUGGUGGUGGGUAUGGCAAUUGGGGAACAUGGGAUGGCCAUAACAGAAGGAGAGAAAACAAUGCAUGGUGCAAGACUCCUCCUACAUAUAAUGGUAACAGUAAUGAGAAUGUGUAUAGGGGAAGAAGAAACUAUAGAGGUGGAGGAGGACGUAAGGGGAAUUUGGUGUAUGUCCCUAAGGAGAUGCCUCCUACACCUGCUGCAUGGUAA